AUGUUGCCGCUCGUAGCAGGUCUACUUACUGCCUUGCCUUUCAGCCUUGCGCAAGGUCCACAGUAUCCUCCAUCACCGCCUGAUCCUGCUACGAUUGCUCAGUAUGCCACUUGCAUUGCGAAUGCUGUCAGUGGCAACUCGAGUCAAUAUGUGGUGCCGACUUCGCCGAACUAUGUGAGCGAGCUGGACAUCUACAACCUCGACAAUGUGGUCGCUCCCUCGGCUAUAGCUUUCCCAACGACGGCAGAAGAGGUCGCUGCCUUGGUGAAGUGUGCUCGCGAUGCGAAGAUAGCGGUCCAGCCGCUGAGUGGUGGACAUGGUUUUGAUAAUUUUGGUCUGGGAGGAAUCAAUGGGUCCUUGUCGAUCAAUUUGCAGAACCUGAACAGUAUCACGUACAACGACGCCGAUCAAACGCUCUGCUUCGGCACCGGGAACUUACUUGGUGCUCUGACCGAGCAAUUGACUGCUGUCGGCCGUACUGCCGUCUACAGCUUCAUCCCAUCCAUUGGUACGGGAGGACACUUCACUGUAGGAGGCCUUGGACCACUGUCGAGGACCUACGGACUUGCUGCCGACCAGAUCAUAGAAGCGCAAGUCGUGCUGGCGGACGGCUCCAUCGUCACCGCGUCCGACGACGAGAACCAGGAUCUCUUCUUCGCCAUCAAGGGCGCCGCGUGGAGUUUCGGUAUCGUCACCCGGUUCACGAUCAAGACGCGCGAUCCUGUUCAACCCGUUCCCUACUCGUACAUUGUGCCUGGCAACUUUAGCACUUCUGCGGGUGUCGUCGCCGGCUGGCAAGGUCUUAUCUCGCAGAAGAAUUUGUCGAGAAGUCUUAGCUCUACGAUCUAUAUCUACGAGGGCUUCUCGCUCGUCACUGGGUCGUUCUAUGGGUCACCGGAGGACUUGAUGAAGGUCGAAACAGAGUCAGAGGUACAGUUCGCUGCCGCUGGGGUUGCAGGGCCUACCGGCGAUGCACUUGACACGGCCGAUCUGCUUGCUGUCCUGGACAAGCUUAACUUGACCGCUGCCUUCGGGUUAGUCAACAACUUAUCCGGUACAGGUCUUCUGGGUUUCCUACCGGCUCUGUCUGCAGAUAUUCUCCAGCCCCUCAUUGGCAGCCUUGCACAAGUGGCACCGGCAAUCGAGUCUGGUGAUACCGCGGCAGUCUUACAAGACGUCCAGCAACUCAAGGAUACCAGUCUAGCAUCCGUGCUCGAAGCUUUCCAGGGCGAUACUGCUGUUUUGCAGUCCGUCUUCACGAACCUUAGAUACUCGGGUCUCCUCGACAUCAUCACCAACACGACCGACCUGCAUAUCCUGGGCGAGCUUCUCCCGAACCUCAAUCUCACGUCGAUCCUCGAGCUUGUCAGCGAUGUACAGCAGAGCCCACUGCUAUCAGCACUACCACCUGGCACCAAGCUCUCAGGCGUCUUCUCGACUCUCUUCGCCUCGCAUACGCCCGCCCACUUCUACAGCAAGAGCCUGAAGUUCACCGAGAACACUCUGAUGACAGAAGAUGCCAUCGACCAGGUCUUCAACUACCUCGACACUGCCGAAAGCAACUCUCCUCUAUGGUUCGUGGUCUUCGACCUCGCAGGUGGAGCGAUCAACGACGUGGCUCAAGAUGCGACAGCAUACUGGCAUCGUGAUGCGCUGUAUUGGAUGCAGAGCUACAUCGUGGACCUCACGCAAAUCGUCACUCCCACCUCGAGGCUCUUCCUAAAUGGGCUCAACGAGGCCGCCAAGAACGCGACUCCUGGUGUUGAUGAUAGUGCGUAUCCUGGGUAUGUCGACAAGAGCUUGCAUGAUGCUCAGACGGCAUAUUGGGGUGAUAAUGUGGAGAGGCUGCAGAAGAUCAAGGCGGAAUUGGAUCCUGAUAAUGUGUUUAGGAACCCGCAGAGCAUUCAGGUGGAUGCUGAGGAUAGUGGAUAG